AUGGUGGGAUUCCGCCGCUCCCUGUCGUGCCAGGACGUUAUGCUUCGUUUGAAGCACGACAUCUUGACACCCAACCCUACUCACGACACACAAGCAAUUGUGGGCCUUGACCUUCAUGGCGCCUUUAAUAAUGUGGAUCAUUGCGUCAUACUUCGGCAGCUAAACCUUCUGGGGGUAGGCGAAAGGAUCCACAAUUACAUUGCCGCAUUCCUCUCCAACCGCAUCGCGACAAUAUUUAUUGGCGCGGAGCAAUCCCCUACCUAUCACCUUGGGAGCUUUGGCACGCCCCAGGGGUCCGUGCUAUCUCCCCUGCUCUUCAAUUUCGCCAUGCUCCACCUUUCACGCUCCCUUAAGACCAUCCCAAGGCUGAACUUCUCCCUAUACGCGGACUACAUCACCCUCUGGGUCACAGGUGGCUCAGACGGUGAAAUUCAAGACGUCCUGCAGGCCGCCGCCGAUAAGGUGGAGGCCAUUGCGGGACGCAUGGGUCUCGUCUGUUCCCCCGAGAAAUCUGAAAUCCUUCUCCUUCCUGCCCACACCGGCAACCCUAGACACACUCCCGACAUCCACAUCCUCCUCGGCAACAAACAUGUCCCCAGGGUAGACAAGCUCAGGGUUCUCGGUCUGCAUAUUCAGAGCAAUCGACACAACACUCACACCCUCCAGACACUCCAAUCCACCGUCGACAACACUCCCAGACUGCUCGGCCGCGUGUCCAACCGACACGGCGGUCUGCUCGAAAAUGAUCUUCUCCGACUAAUACAGGCCGGCCUUUGUCAUCACAAAGGUAACUUACACAAUCCCACACUUACACCUUCUCAGAAAGGAAACUGA